CUAUCAGUUUGAAAUGUUGGGCGUGGCAAGGAAAUGUUGGCAUGUGGCGCGCUGAGUCAAGAAGGGCGGAGUUUUAGUUUUUUAAGGGUAUGGCAGGAUUCCUGUUACUCAUUUGUCCCCUUCAAACAAAGCUUCAGAUCAAGGACAUCUAAUAGGGAUAUGAUCUAGCCUGAAGUUUAAGUUAGAGAAAAUGGGCAAGGACAGUCAUCGGCGUCGAAAACUGAGAGCCAGAGCAAAACAUUUGGCGAACAGGAAGGAAGUUCUCAUUCAGCCUCAGUGUUCAAGUUCUCUCCCUCCAAAGCUUCCGGUUUCAUCCUGCAGCUGGAGCAAACCUCUUUACUCAUGGCCCUUGACAUUUCUGAGCAUUGGAGUAGUGAAGGCUUUACAGACCGCAGGGUUGUGUCUGUACAGGUGGUGCCAGAAAAGUGUUGGACGGAUCUUUCAAGUCGUCAAAAAAAUUCUAUCUCCGUCAAACACGUGUCUGCAGGAGUUGACUGGGCUCCGGGAACGGUUAGAAAAGCUAGAAACUGAAUUUGCCAGCCUACAGUUGCUGGUCCAGAAUGGAACUGUUGUGCCUUUCUCGGAAAAGCCACCUUGCCAGAUGCGGUUGGAGAAUCCGGAGCCAGCUUUUCCCACGCAUGGGCAGCUGAGCCUUCCAGCAUCUUUGCCUCCACCACCCUUGGCUCCCCCACCUCCCCCUCCCCCUCCCCCACCCCCUCCACCCCAGCCUCUACCAGCACCUCUCCGUCUCAGAAGAGCUGGUGGCACUAAGACUCCGACAGAAGAGUGGGGUAGAAAUUUAGUUCCUGUAGGAUUUCAGGUGGAGCUGAAGGAUAUUGAGUCGGAGACUUUGUUGGUCGUUGUCGUUGAGAGAGCUGUGGAUUCUGAACCUCUUUUCUGUCCACUUCCUUCUUGGAUCCAGGCAGACUCGUUAAAAAAAGGUGUGCCCAUGCAGAUAACCCUCCAGGACCUCCUAAAUGUGAAACUAAAGAAGGCCCAAAGCGGCAUGGGGAUAGACAAGAGGAGAUCGCCGUUUGAGAGGCGCAAGGCAUUAAUUACCCUCUCCGACUUGCAAAGCAUCAAUCUGAAAUCCAAAGCCCCAGGACCACAAGCUCGGGUUACCAGUCACUUGAUCACUCCUAGCAGAAGCAGCUUAGAUUUCCGGAAACACUUGAGAAAAGUCGCUAUUGAGAGGAGCCCAGGUGGAACCCCGUUAAGCAACAAAGAGAACAUGGAGACUGGCACAGGACUGACACCGAUCAUGACCCAGGCUCUGCGGCGCAAGUUUCAGUUGGCUCACCCAAAGAGUCCCUCUCCAUCCCUGUUGCCUAAAGGAAGCAGCUUUGAGGAGCAAAGUUAGCAGCGCAUCUCCUGCCUCCCUGCAGUUCCCCGUGCUGGUUUUCUGGCCUCUGCUGAUGGACGCUACUAAUGUGGAAGGAAUUUAUUUAUUUUUAAAUAAAAUA